AUGACGUCGACAGAACAAGUCUACCCAAUUUCUAACAAUAAUCAUUCUUUGAAUCAACUUCAUGAUGCUGUACGUUUGGGAAAGUACGACAUUGUCAAAAAACUUGUCCUCGACGGAGUCGACAUCAAUAGUCGGGGAAGAUGUGGUUCAACUCCACUCCACUUAGCUGUUAAGUAUGAACAUCUGAAUAUAAUGAAGUAUCUUUUAAAAAAUGGUGCAUCGCCUGAAUCAAAAUAUUCAUCCCCACAUUACGCUGAGUGGACUCCGCUUCAUUUUGCCUGUGGAUUAGGAAGGUUAAAAUCUGCAAAGUUACUUUUAUUACAUGGAGCGAAUGUCAAUCCAAAUAACGUGGAUGAUGUUCAUCCAAUACAUGUCGCAGUAACAAAACUCGACCAUCGAAUGAUAAAUUUACUUCUAGAAAAUGGUGCAAAUCCCAACGCUCGAUUUCGUGACAAUUUUUUUACCCGCAACGGUGGAGUUGUUCCUUCAACUUUAAAACAUUUUAAUUAUGUAUUAUUAUUUUAUCCAGUAAGUAUGGGUUCUGUUGAUGUGGCAAAGCUGUUAUUGAAGUAUGGUGCUAACGUCAAUGGUAAAUCUACAGAAUCGAAUCGAACUCUAUUGAUGGAAGCUGGACAUAAAAACAAUCUUGAAAUGGUCCAAUUAUUGUUAGAAAAUGGUGCAUCUGUUAACGAUUAUGAUGUACAUGGAGGAACGGCAUUAUUUUAUACUCUUCUUGAUCGUUGUGUUUUACAUUAUCAAUUUGUUAAAUCAUAUGAUCAAACCAAAAAAUUAAAAUUAAUGAAACUUCUCUUACGUUCCGGUGCCAAUGUUAAUAUUAGUGUACAAAACCGGACGAUUUUGGACAUUGCUGUAGUUUCAGGAUUAAGGGAUAUAUGUACAUAUUUGGCGGAUAAUCGAAUAAUACCAGAGAUUCGAGAUGAUAUUGAGUAUUUAAACAAGCAUAGAAGAAAUUUGAUUGAAAUCAGAUACGAUCUGAUAUCAGAGUGGUAUAGAAGACAUAUGAUCGGUAUGUCGGUGGAAGAUAUUUCUUCAGAAAUAAAUAAUCCUGAAUGGUUCAAUUAUGAUGUCAGCAAUCAGGAACAUGAGCGGAGAAUAAAAUUGAUAAAAGAACAAAUUCAUGAGAUUUUAAAUGACUUAAAAUGCGAAAUAAUAGACGGCACGAAUAUUUCAUUAUUCAAUAUCCUCACUAUCAAUAAAAGAGGCUUAGUAAAACUCGCAUUCAAUAAAAAAUUAAGAAGGUUUUGUUUAAGGGAUUAUAAAAAUAAAUAUUUUAUGUAUUACUCUAUGCUGAAAACUCGUUUGAAUUACGCAAUUCAAAAAAGCUUAUUGAUUGAAAAGGCUAUUAAAUCAAUUUAUAAUGUUUUAUGUUCUCAAAUACCACAAGACUGCUGCGAAGAAAUCGUAGCUUAUUUAAAUGACGAAGACUUAAAUAUGUGGUAUUUUCGUAUCAUUUGUUUAUUAUUAAUAUCAUCUUGCAUAUCAAGUGCAGAUAAAAAACACAACAAGUAUGUGACAACUCUAAUAGAUGGAAAAUGGAAAGAUACUCCAAUUGUUUUGGAAGUUUCCGAGUAUCUUAAUGAUGAAAAUUCUAAUUUGUUUUGGAGUUUUGUUGAUUUAAUUUGUAAGCAAGAAGAUGGUUUCAUAACUCAGGAUAGAAUUUUUGAAUUAAAUGAUUUUUUUCCUGUAGGUACUGAUAAAGAAAUUUAUAACCGAGUAGUGAAGUUGGCUGAAACUUUAGUCACUCCAACUGGUUUACCUGUUCUCAAAUUGUCUUUGUCAUUGAGAAUUUAUUCCGCUCGAGUUGAAAUGUUUUCUCAAAUGGCUGUGAAUAAAGAAAACAUUCCAGAUUGUAACAAUUUCAUAGAUGUGGGUGGAAAUACGUUCACAUGCUCUGCUGACCAAGUUGAAGAAUUGAUAAAUAACUCCGAAGAUAAUUUACAUACGUAUUCAGUAGAUCAUCAGUAUCCAGGAUCUAGAGGAUCCUCUAAAACAAAUAAAAAUGUGAUACUUUACGGACAGAUGGGGUCAUCAGGAUUUAAAAGUCUCCAUGAUAAAUUAAAAUCCCUUGCUGAAUCUGACAAAAUAACAUACAUUCUUCGUCAUUAUGUUAAAGAUAGGCCGGAUAAUAAGUUAAGGUUGUCGGGGUAUGGAGUUGAACUACAAAUGAAGUCAACUGAGUAUAAAGCUACUGAUGAUUCUGACAUCAAAGAAAGUUCUGGCAAAGAAUCCGAAGAAAUCAAUGAAGGAGUUGAGGAAAUUGACGGAAUUAACUUUGGUGUUUUAAAAAAAUUAUAUCCUGAAAAAAAAUCUCAACUCGAUGAACUACUUACACACUUGUUAGACACAAGUGACGAAGUAAGUGCUCUAAAAGUUUGGCAAUUCCAGGAAUUAAGUCACCAAGCUGCUGAAAGAAUAAUGAAAUCACCACCGUCAGAAGCUGUCAAAGUAUUUACCGACAUCGCUCAAAAUUUUCCCAUGCAAGCAAAGUCUUUGAUAAGAACUAAAGUAAGUAAUGAAAUGAAGAAAGAAAUGAAACGUAAUCAAGAAAUAUUCUUCGGGAAUUUGCAUAUACAACCGACUGAAACAGUAUUAUUUAUAAAUGGUCUGUAUUUUGAUAUCGACGUGAUUGAUAUUUUAGCAUUACUCGAAGCCUUACGAUCUGAAUUACGUGUAAUGGAAGCUCUAUUAAAAAUUGGAUUUAGUAACAAAAAAAUGGAUAAACUUGUCGCAUUAGAUUUGUCAAGUAAUUUAGAUAAUCAAGAUUUUGCAAUUGAUAUUAGGGAUUCCGCUAUUAUGUGGAUAAAUGAUUUAGAAACAGAUAAACGUUAUCAAAAAUGGUCAUCUGCAUUGACAUUGUUAAUAAAACCGAUGUACCCUGGUACACUGCGUCAAAUACGUCGUAAUUUUUACAACUUAGUUCUGAUAAUUAAUCCACUGAGUGAUAAAAUAAAGCACUUAUUGAACACAAUAGACACUUUAAAUAAACACUCAGCACCUAUACGCGUGGGUUUUGUUUUUGUAACCAAUUUUAAUACAUCAGCAACUGGAUUUACUGAUCCAAGUGUCGCUGUUAAUAAUGCUUUCCAUUAUUUGACAGAGGAAAAAAACCAAUUUGAAGCGUUCAAGUUUUUGUUGACGCUACAAAACUACAUUAGUGGUAACAGUAUUGAUGUAACAGACGUAAAAAAAGCUCUCAAAAUACGUGAUCCCUCUGCAGAUAUCGAUGAUAUAUUUGGUGAAGAUUCUCAGUAUGACGUAGGACGUCAUCUAGCCAUGGACUUUGUUAAACGAACUGGAUUUAAAACUUUUCCCCAAGUAUUAUUAAAUGGAGUUCCACUUGCUAGUUCUGAGGAUGCUGAUACUUUCGAGGAAACUGUUCUUACGACAAUAAUGACUCAAACUCCGAUGUUACAGAAAGCCGUUUACAAGGGUGAGGUCGUUGAGUCUGACGAUAUUGUUGAUUUUAUGAUGAGCCAACCCAAUGUCAUGUCGCGACUGAAUGACAGAAUAUUGCAACCGGAAAACAGUAAAUGGUUAAAUUUGAUUGGCAACUUACCGAAAAAUCAAGAAAUUUCUAAUUGGAAUCAGCAAGACACUGCUACUUGGUUAAUGAAAAAUUCAAAUUACUUGGUAAUGCCUCGACGAGUUGAUAAACAACAUCUUUAUACUUAUUGGGUUGCGGCAGAUUUUGAAACUGUCAAAGGGCGACAAUUGUUGCGUGAAGCUUUGAAGUAUUUAGACGGCAAUACUGAUGUUAGAAUCACGAUAAUUGUUAAUAACAUCGAUAAAUCGAAUGAUCCACUUGUUAAUAUUAAUAUGAUUGUUCUAGCAGCAAUGGAAAUGUUACCUCAGAAAAAAGCUGUUAAAUAUAUCAAUAAUAUUUUGCAAGAAGAUAAUGUAGCAUUAAUAAAAAUCGGUAAAUUUGAUUUUGGUGAGGACAGUAUUAAUGAAAAAUUAUCAGAGCAAGAAUUUAAAAUAAAAGUACACAAGUAUUACGCUAAAACUGCUUUGAAAUUAAUGCCUGGAGAUCGAGCAGUAGUUUGCAAUGGGCGAAUUCUUGGCCCGCUUGAUGAAGAUGAAGAGUUUACACGCGAUGAUUUUUCGCUGCUCGAACGCUUCAGUCACAAUACUUAUGGCGAUAAAUUGAUGAAAAGUUUACAAGUUAUUCAGUCGACUGAUGACGAUGACGACGAUACUGAAAUUUCAGAUGACGUUAUAAUGCAGAUAACAUCUCUUCUUGUGUUACGUCCUCAAACACAAAGCCGUUAUGAUAUUCCAUACAGCGGAGACGAACACAGUGUUAUCAAAGUACCUGCAGCGAAAUCUAAUGAAGCUGCAUUCAAUCUGAUUGCAAUCGUCGACCCAGUAUCACGUGGUGCCCAAAAAUUGGGUGCUAUUUUGAGUACUUUGCAACAGUCGCUUAAUUGCAACAUCAAAAUAUUCCUCAAUUGUGUGGAUAAAAACAGUGAUAUGCCUUUAAAGAGUUUCUAUAGGUUUGUUUUUGACCCUGAAUUGCAAUUCAAUGCUGACGGUCAACUAGUGGGAGCACAAGCUAAGUUUACUAAGCUACCAACGUCUUCUCUGUUGACUCAAUACAUGCACACUCCCGAGAACUGGCUGGUAGAAGUCGUCAAAAGUCUCUACGAUUUGGAUAAUAUCAAGCUAGACAAUGUUGCAAUGGGAGUUCAUAGUGAAUUUGAGUUGGAACACUUAUUAUUAGAAGGUCAUUGUUUUGAAGCUUCCAUGGGAAAUCCUCCCAGAGGAUUGCAAAUUACUCUCGGUACUGAAAAACAACCUGUUAUGGUUGACACUAUUGUAAUGGCCAAUUUAGGAUACUUCCAACUAAAAGCAAACCCGGGAGAGUGGUUACUUCGCUUACGCCAAGGAAGAUCUGCUGAUAUUUAUGACAUACAUUCAGUCACUGGACAAGAUGUAAUCCAAGAUAGCAAUGAAGUUAAAGUUCUUAUUAGCUCGUUGAAGAGUCAUGUGCUGAAACUCAAAGUCUCUAAAAAGCCUGAUAAGAUGCAUACAGAUUUAUUGGCUGACGAUGAUAGUCAAUCCGGAAUUUGGAACUCUAUAUCCAGGACAUUUGGCUCAGACGACACAGAAGAAAAGGAUGAAAAAAUAAACAUAUUUUCGCUAGCUUCGGGUCAUCUUUACGAAAGAUUCUUGAAAAUCAUGAUGCUCAGUGUUAUAAAACACACAAAGUCACCAGUUAAAUUUUGGUUCCUGAAGAACUAUCUAUCACCAACGUUGAAAGACUUUUUACCACACAUGGCCAAGGAAUACGGAUUUGAAUAUGAACUAGUACAAUACAAAUGGCCAAGAUGGCUUCAUCAGCAAACCGAAAAGCAAAGAACUAUUUGGGGUUACAAGAUUCUCUUUUUGGAUGUACUGUUUCCUUUGGAUGUCAAAAAAAUAAUUUUUGUUGACGCUGACCAAGUUGUACGGGCUGACUUGAAAGAACUAGUCAAUUUGGAUCUGGAAGGCGCUCCGUACGCUUACACUCCAUUCUGUGAUAGUAGAAAAGAAAUGGAGGGAUUUAGAUUUUGGAAACAGGGAUAUUGGAGGAAUCAUUUACAAGGACGUUCUUAUCAUAUUAGUGCGUUGUAUGUUGUUGAUUUGAAGCGUUUUAGGCGUAUUGCUGCAGGUGAUAGACUAAGAGGCCAGUAUCAAGCGCUCAGUUCAGAUCCAAACAGUUUGUCAAACUUGGAUCAAGACUUACCUAACAAUAUGAUUCAUCAAGUUGCUAUUAAAACAUUACCUCAAGAAUGGCUUUGGUGUGAAACUUGGUGCAAUGAUGCAUCUAAAAAGACUGCUAAGACUAUAGAUUUAUGUAAUAAUCCGAUGACUAAAGAAGCUAAACUACAAGCAGCUAUGAGAAUUUUACCAGAGUGGAUUGGAUACGACGAAGAAAUAAAAAAUUUGCAACAAAAAGUAGAGAAUGAAAGUAAACAGCUUGAGAAGGAAGAAAGAGACGAGCAUGAUUUAGAAGAUAGUUUGAAACAUGAAGAGCUGUAA